AAUUUGGCCCAAACAAACUUUAGUACUUCGAAUUGGAAGCCCAAAACGAAGAAGUGGCCCAACAAGCGAAUCCUAAGCCCAGCUGACCUCCCAGUCCGGCCCGCGGUCGCGCCUGGCACAUGCCCGCCUCUCCCCGACGGCCGCCGCACUGCUCGGCUUCUACCCUCCGCCCGUCGCUCGCCGCCCACCCUCCCCUACCCGGCUCCCCACCUGCCGGCCGCCGCCCUGCCGCCCCUUCGCGCAGAGCGCCUGCGCCUUGCGCGGCCGGCGGCUCCACCGGCCGCCCAACGCGCGGCGCGGCUGCGGGCGCGUCUGUUCGCUCGGUCCAGCCUGCGCUUUGCUGCGGCCGCCCGUCACCUUCCGCCGUCGUCGCCCACUGCAGCUCUCUGCCCAUCGCCACUGGCCUGCCCUAGUUUCAAUUCCUGGGUCCGCCCAUCGCCGGCCACGUUGAGGUAUACAAUAAGGCUGCUGCAAGCGGAAGAGCUAUUCCGGAAAGUUCUGGAGGGUGGGUCGAAGACGAAGGCGUCUCGGCUGCUCGGGCUCGACGUUGGCAGCAAGUACGUCGGACUGGCCGUCUCCGAUGAGAAGAACAGGAUUGCUUUGCCUCUGAGUGUCUUGAGUCGGACAAAGACAAACAUCAACUUGAUGGCAGAUGAUUUCAAAACAUUGGCUUCGAAAUAUUCCCUAGCUGGGUUUGUUGUGGGCUAUCCAUUCAACCUUCAUGGUCAACACUCUCCAAAUGCAGUUCAAGUAAGGCUUCUUGCUGGAGAACUUUGUAAAACAGGGAAACUUGAUGAUCUGAGCUACACAUAUUGGGAUGAAAAUUUCACCUCAAAGUGUGUUGAAGCCCUCUUACAUCCUCUAAAUCUAAAAAAUCGAGAUGAGGCCAAAACAAUAACAGAUAAAUUUGCUGCAGUUUGCAUACUCCAGGGUUAUCUUGAUAACAUGAACAGAAAAUUCAGACCUGCUGACGAAUCUGAAGCAUAAGGUGGCACCUAAUCUCCACUGAACUAAACCAAAGAGCAGGGAGUCAUCUUCUGGUUUGCCCAUACUUGGUUCAUCAAGAUGUGAAUGGUGCUCCGAACCGGUGCUUCUGUUGGCAUCUCAUGAGUUUUAUGGAUCCGGAGCUGAUCACGGAGAGAUCAAACUUUUUUUUUUUUUUGAAAAGAAGAGAUCAAACUACUGAUUGAUUUCCUGCCGCAAGCAGAUCUUGUGCUUAGCCACUCAGGGCGAAAUCGUCAUAGAUGAUGCAAAAGUGCUGAGAACAUCUCCUGACGCUGAAGCAUUGGGAACCACUAUUUUUAAACCCGUCAUCCGUCCCCUGUCAGCCGACGGAAUUCCCCGAUGGGGACACCGGGAUAAUGCAGUUUGACUGUACGAGGGCCCAUCGUUGCCACUGAUACGCUUGUCCAGUCCCGUUCUUGUAUACUAUUAACUUCCAUAAGACGACAAACACUACGCAUGCUUGGGUGUUUUCGCCCCAUUA